AGUGGAGAUUUGAAAUUACUUCUUUCCUCACCUCUUAGUGUGAGCUGUGGUGUAAGAGUCUGAGUUAUUGAGGUUGGAUAAAGACAAAGCUUUUCUGUAUUCAGCACUGAGAAGACCUUGCCAUAUACCACCUGUGUUUGUGACAAGAAUCUGGGCUCAUCUUUCACCAAGCUCCAUCACCAAGCUCCAGGCUCUGCAACCAGAUCUACUCUGGAUACAAUUGGUUAAACUAUCAGCCAUCACAUUUUGGAAGAAGGUUUGCAUAAGAAAUUAAGAACGUGACAAAAAACUCUAAUAAGGCAAAGAAUCUAAUAGAGCAUCAUUUGGACAUGAUACUCAUUAUUUAGCUAAUGUUCUUUAUUCUAAUGUAUGCUACUUUUGACACACUUCCUGCUUGGUCUGAGUUAAAAAAUCUGAAACAUUUUGAACAAUUCAAGUAACAAGGAAGUUGGAAUAGAAUGUACCAGCUGGCAAAGAUGGUCUACCAGCUUGGCUUGUGUUUAGACAGCUGAUCGCUGGUCAGACCAGGCUGGAUUUUUCAGCAGGAAGAAGAAUAGGAUCGCAGGGCUUUCAGGGUAUAAGGCGGGCUGUAGUGAUCUGCCCCAGCAGGCUACAGCUUCAGCUGUGAUGGUUUCUUUUGAAUCUUCCAUCCAUGUGAUGUGGUGACAUGGUGGCAAGGUGGGAAGUAACAAAGCACAAUUAAUUUUUAGAUUAAUGGACACACUUUGAUAUGUUCCCUAGAGAUUUAAACAGCUUGGAUCUACAGAUAUAAAACUGCUGCUAUUUGGAAGCCCAUGUUAUCAAACAGUGGAUCAACCAGACCUCUGACUGGUAAAACUGGAACCAUUAGAAAGCGCUGUGUGUUUUCUACUGGAAUUUCAUUAGGGUCUGAGGCUGUUCGUAUACGCAAACUAGACCCAACUAAUCGCAUGUGAUCCCGAACAAGGUACACGGUGUAUAUUUGUUCCAUCAGUAGCUCUGGGAUCUUUUCCCAGCUUAGGAAACACACUCAGUGGAGACUUGCAUUGUAGGCGACCCUUAGCACAAUUCCCCCUACAGUAAGCGCUCAGAAGCGGAUUAUCUGCACCUCGAGGCUUUCAGAGCAUCGCGAGGGAUUUGGCUGGAUGGGCUGCUGCUCUUUAUCUGGACGGGUGGUGUCCAUGGUAACGGACACCAGGAACGAUUAGCUUUGUCUGGAUGCCGCAAAACGCAUUCGUGUUUCUCACGCAGAAGUGGACAACCUGAACCUGAGAAUACUGCACCUGUUCAAGGGGUUAAAGCCAUAUUUAUUGGCUUGCCAGCCCAAGAAAUCAAACGAAUUGAAGACCUGUUAUCGGAGGAAAGGUCUGGGUCUGUCGGAACUUUGGAGAUGCUAAUGGCAUGACCGCAAAUCCUCAGGGUUUGUAGUUUUCCUCAAGCGGCAUGCUGUUUCCUUUUCGCAUCAGCACUCUGUUGUUUUAGUGUGGCUCUGAAUGAUGUAGCUAGUUGUUUCGUGGGGGGCGUCGUCUCUUUUUGCUGCCGAAGUUAGCUGCCUUACCUCAGUUACCUGAAUCGACGAUGGUGUCGGCUCGAGCGUGACUUCCAGCCUCACCAAGAUGCUGCCGGGUUCAAUUCAGAUCACAGGAGAGGCGCUGUCCGGAGCAGAAAUCCGAGACAUCUGCGACAGUCUGAAGGAGAACAGUGUGAGGCUGUUGUCGGUGCGGGGCUGUCAGCUGUCCGACAGGGACUUCGGGCGCGUGUGCCGCGGGGUGUCCGAGUCCCGCUCGCUCGCGCAGCUCAACCUGAACCUGGGCGUGGUGUCGAGCGGCGGCCGCGCAAAGCAGCUCGCCGAGGCGCUCACAGCCAACAGGUCCAUACAGACACUGUUUCUGCAUGGAAGCCCUCUUUUAGAUGCAGGGUUGGUCACUCUGAACACGGCGCUGUCAACUCACCCCUCUCUGGUGUCCUUGGACCUGGGAGAUUGUAUGCUGGGAGAUGAGGCGAUUCAGCUGAUUUGUGGCAUGUUGCCUCCAGAUGGGGCCAAAUCUGGUCUCAGAGAGUUGACACUAAGUGCAAACCCAGCAAUCACCACUAAAGGCUGGGCUCGCCUGGCAAUCGCAGUGGCUCAUAGCUCACAGCUGCGGGUCCUUAAUCUAGACUACAAUCCGUUAGGGGACCAGAUUGCUGGAAUGCUGGCUGUUGCUGUGGCAUCCAGCAGGACACUGGAGGUUUUAGACUUGGAGGGAACAGGACUCACAAAUCAAUCAGCACAGGUCUUCCUGGACAUGGUGGAGAACUACCCGACCUGUCUGCGUGUGCUGGUGCUGGCUGAGAACGCCAUCAGCCCUGAGCUGCAGCAGCAGAUCUCUGACCUCCUGUCUGAGGGCGAGGAGGAUGAGGACAGAGAUGCAGAGGCCCACGGCAGCUCAGUCACCAUGCGAGAGAAACCUGCCUGGCUUCCCCACAGCAACCCCAACUCCCAGAUGGUCCUGAUGUCAUCAGGACUGGGUGAGAGCUUUUUGGGAGAGACUGACUUGUGAUAACUGGAGCUGCCUUUGGUUUUAGGUUUGCACUGCACGCCGCUACCGUCAGCCCACGUGUUAGCGUGCAGCCACUCACAAAGCAUGACGUGUAGCAUUUAGUGGUAGACUGUUCAACGCUGGCACAAAAAUAACCUCGACCACCAAGUGACUUAUACUCUAUAGUGAAUUAUUUAUUUGCCUGAUGUACAAUCUAUUUAUAAGUAACUAUUUAAGCAACAGUGUACUCUUGAUUAGAUCAGCUAAGUAGGGUUGUUGUGAUGGCCUGAAUAAAUCUAUUUACAUCUUUCUAA